AUGGAAGGGAUUCAGCAUAGGCAACCAACUGAUGCAAAUUUGCACAAAGAAAUAGAAAAGAGCAUUCUGUUUACAGUUGUGGAAAUAAUAGAAAACGGCGUCAUCAUUUCCAAAGGAAAUGCAACCAACAGAUGGCCACUCAGAAAAAGGUACAUUUCAUUCGCAACAAACGAGCACCUUUUGAAAAGAGGGGCCUUUAUAGGCCUUACGCCAGAGGGCACCUUGUUUCUUGUGCGGUAUCUGAAGGGGCGAGAGGACGCGCUUGUUGGAAUGGUUGAGUACUAUGCCCUGUUUGACACAACCAUAGUAUAUAUAUCUGGAAAGGUUGUGACCACCAUAGACAUAUGUACAGGCGAAAAGAAGAUGGUGAUAGAGAACGACGAGAACAUAGGCAUAGCGAAGGUUCUCUUGUGCGGCGGCUCUUUGCUUCUUGUGUGCAGGAAGGCCAUCCACCGCCUUGAAAUAAAAACAAGCCUGUACACAAAGCUGCGCCUAAAGGUAAGCCUGGACGCGAACACUGCAGAGGCCGUGUUCAUAGACAACCAGGUCCAGCUGGUGGUGAGCUGCAGAAAAGGAAACGUGUACGUGUUUGAAACAAAGAAAAUGGAGAUCAUCAAAAGCAUGAAGUACUUUGGAUCCCCAAUAUGCACAGUUGGGUUCUGGCGGCCCGAGCCUUCAAUUCUUUUUGUGCUGACAACCGCCGGGGAUCUCAUGGAUGUAGAUUAUUUAAACAACAGAAUCCUUAAGACAAAUAAAUUCCCCAUAGACGAUUACAGGUCGGUGGUUGCUCUGAAAGGAAAAGCAAUGAUUUUUAUAUCUAGCAACUCACUGACAGUAUACUCCCCGCACACAAAUAGCAUAAACACUGUAUAUAGAAGCCAUUCGCAAGGCGAGCACUCUUACAUCUGCGUGGUGCCUGACGAAGGGAUUCCAAUACCGGUGCCCAUGCACAUGCUGGGCCCCGUGCUUACACAAAACAACGCCCCCAACCACAUGAUGGAGGCAGAUCCCAUUCCAUACGAGUACAUAUGCACAGAGACAAAGCUAGAGCCAAGCAUGCACAAUAGAGCAUCCGAGGCCCACGACAAAAUACAUGCAGAGCGGCCUGUGAGGCUUGACGUAGAGUACAGCCAGCGAAUGGCAUGCUCAAACGAGGCGGCUGGGGCGUAUGCCCAGGCGAAAGGCGAGCCCCCAAAGCCUGGCAUGCGGAGGGCGGCAGACUUGCACGAGUCGUUUGAGAACUUCAAAGACUCCGUGUAUAAAAUGCAGACAGACGUGCUCAAGGAGGUAUUUCUACUAAAAAAGAGGCUGGAGAAGAUAGAAAGAGCACUCUCUAAGUAA